AUGCUCGCUGGUGUAACAACACGCUGGAAGCAAAUUGUUGCUUACCACUACAGCGGUAAUUCGACAGACGGCUCAGUUUAUCAGCCCAUCAUUAUUGCCAUCGUAGAAGCUGCAGCAUCUGUAGGGCUUCAUGCUAUAAACAUCACCAGUGACAUGGGGAGUCCCAAUCGGGCAAUGUGGAAGUCAUUUGGGGUGACCCAGGAUAAGCCAUGGAUACCCCAUCCUGUUGAGCAUCCGAGGAGGAGCAGCGACCACAAUCCUACCUUGUGACAUCAUUGUUUUUGGAGAAGGUGGACCACUGGUUUGACCUCAUGUCUUCCUGGAAUGUUGUUACUGCUCUCAGCCUGUUCAAAAUGGAGGAGUAUGAGAAAGCCAUCCACUUUCUCCAGGACAGCAUCCACCUGUUCGGGGACUGAAGAUCGGUCACCUGGGCAGCUGGAAACCAGUCCAGACAGGACUUGUGAUAGCCACUAGAGUGAUCCUGGAAGUCCAGCAAGACCUGUUGAGCAAAGGGCACAAAUUUGUUCUCACAAGUCGGUUUACACAGGACUGCCUGGAGAACACCUUUUCUUUCAUUCGUCAGAGGAACCCUGUCCCAACACCAGCAGAGUUCCACUACGUGCUGCGAGCUGUCACUGUUGGACAGUUCCUCACCACAGUACCUACCGGCAAUUACUUAGAUGACGGAUCUGACCAUUUGGCAGACUUCCUGGAUUCAAAGAGAAGCAACUGCAGUCCUCCUCCAGUGGUGCGUCUGGAGCAGCUGGAUGACCCAGCAUCACCACCUGACUUCACAAAAAUAGAGUCCUGUGUCCUCUACCACCUGGCAAGAUACAUUGUGAAGAGGGUCAUCAGCUGGUCACUUUGUGAGGAAUGCCAGAGCUCCCUAACAGAAAGUGAAAAUGCGAGUGAGAGAGAUGUUCUUCUCAGAUUGAAGGAGUUUAAAAGGGGGGCACUAUACCGGCCAUCUGAUGAGGUUUUCACUCUCAUUCAGAGUGUGGAGCAGCUGUUCCAGGCGACCUCAGUUGACUCACUCAUGGAAUCAACCAAUGCAGUGGCAAAGCUGGAACAAGCGGCAAUGAAACUUGACAGCAACCUUCCCUCAUGCCAUGAGCUUCAGAAAAAAAUUCUCACCAGAUACAUCCGACUGAGGUUGAGAAUUGUCUCCAAGUUCAUCUCGGCUGCAAAAAAGAAAGACACACAGAGAGGAUGCUUUAGAAGCAAGAGCCAAAGCAAAAGGGGAAAAAAAGAAACCAGGUACCUCUACUGCAACAAUGGCAAUGUCAUCUAGGCCACUGCCAAGCCCCUUACUGGUUGCCGUGGACGUAUUCGGGCUUUCCACCCCUUCUCCAUCACCAGCAGACUCCAGUGGUCCCUCGCUGCAGCAGCUGCGACCAGCCGCUGGCAGCAGCCACCAGCCAACGGUGUCCACCCCUAGCCAACGCCAGCUGCGGCUGUCAGGGGCAGCAGCAGGAGGAGGUGAACCUAGAGAACAACCUAAAAAUGUCAACCUCAUGUCAGUUUGUGUUAACAGAGUAGGAUAAUAAUUUACAUUUCUAUUUGCAGGUCAAGGAGAAGGUGGAUUUAUCCUGAUCUCAUCCACCAUCAGCAGACCCCAGUGGUCCUGUGCCACAGCCAGGUGCAAGCGGCAGCAGCAACCGCAAGCAGCCGAAUCCAACGGAGCAGUGUUCAUUGGCCUCCUCUUUAUUAUUAA